GUAAAGGUUCAGAAGAAGAUGAAUCAUCUUUCAUUUAGUGAGCUAUGUUGCCUCUUCUGCUGUCCGCCUUGUCCGGGGAAAAUUGCUUCAACAUUAGCAUUUUUGCCACCUGAUCCAACUUACACGCUGACGUGUGAUGAAAGUGGAAGCCGCUGGACGUUACACCUAUCAGAACGGGCAGACUGGCAGUAUUCCUCUAGAGAAAAAGAUGCUAUUGAGUGUUUCAUGACUAGAACCAGUAAAGGCAACAGAAUUGCCUGCAUGUUUGUGCGUUGCUCACCCAAUGCCAAAUACACUUUACUCUCUUCACGCGGAAAUGCUGUUGAUCUUGGUCAGAUGAGCAGCUUUCACAUAGGACUGGGAUCACGGAUUAAUUGUAAUAUAUUCUCAUACGAUUCUUCUGGAUAUGGUGCAAGUUCUGGGAAACCAACAGAGAAGAACCUCUAUGCAGACAUAGAAGCUCCUUGGCUUGCUCUGAGGACAAGAUAUGGCAUUCGUCCUGAAAAUGUGAUUAUAUAUGGCCAAAGUAUAGGGACAGUACCAUCUGUGGAUCUUACUGCUCGGUAUGAGAGUGCUGCUGUUAUUCUUCAUUCUCCUUUGACCUCAGGAAUGCGAGCCGCUUUUCCUGAUACCAAGAAGACCUACUGUCUUGAUGCAUUCCCAAACAUUGACAAAAUCUCUAAGAUUACCUCUCUAGUAUUAGUAAUUCAUGGGACUGAAGAUGAAGUCAUUGACUUUUCACAUGGCCUCGCGUUGUUUGAGCGUUGCCGAAGACCUGUGGAGCGUCUGUGGGUUGAAGGGGCAGGUCACAAUGAUGUGGAACUUUAUGGACGGUAUCUUGAAAGAUUGAAACAGUUUGUGUCACAGGAACUGGUAAAUUUGUAAAAUAGUCUGAAAAUUUGCACACUGGGUUUUCUUUCUUGCUCAGCUGCACUCUUUGGUAAAUAACAUAAAACCUGAAGGUUCUGUUUGCAAAUCAUGUCAGUUGCCUUCAUAAAUGCGCAGGUAAUGAUUUGUUAACAGACUUAAUGAAGGUUUUAAUUACCAAACUAGAAACUGGAAAUAACAGUAUCAUGCAGUCAGGCUGUGUAAUUUAUAUUUUUUCUGUGAAUUUUUUUUUAAACAUCAAGAUGAGUACUGUAUGAAAUUUUAAUUCUAUAAGAUCAAAUGCUAUGAAAGUAUUGCCAAAUGCUUUUGCAUGUCAGAAAUAAAUGUAUAAGUAUUUUAAAAACAUCUCAAUGUACUAAAUCUUAUCCUGGUAUACAAAUGUAAUAUUAUUUCAAUAAAAAGCUGUAUAUCUAAAACAGUUCAAGUACUCAGAAUAAACUGUAUGAAAACAUGCAAGUUCACUAAAGAUGACCUAAACCCUGUUGUAGACGGAUAGAGAUUUAAAGGUUAUUUUAUUGUAAA